AUGGUUGCUUCAGCUGUCGACCCUUGGAAUGCCGAGCUCAACGUGCCUCUGGAACAAGAGGACCCAGAAAUCUUCAACUUGAUUGAACAUGAAAAGAUGCGUCAAUUCUCGUGCUUGGAACUCAUCGCAUCUGAGAACUUUACGUCUCAAGCUGUCAUGGAAGCAAAUGGUUCGGCAUUGACAAACAAGUACUCUGAAGGUCUGCCUGGAGCUCGUUACUAUGGUGGUAACGAAUACAUUGAUCAAGUCGAAAACCUCUGUCGCAAACGUGCUUUGGCAGCAUUCAACUUGGACCCUGAACAAUGGGGUGUCAAUGUGCAACCUUACUCUGGAAGUACCGCCAACUUCUCAGCCUUCACUGCUAUCCUCCAACCUCACGACCGUAUUAUGGGUCUGGAUUUACCUUCUGGUGGACACUUGACUCACGGAUAUGCCACUGCCAAGAAGAAGAUCUCAGCUUCUGCCAUAUACUUUGAAUCUCUACCAUACCAAGUUGACCACAAAACUGGAUAUGUAGAUUACGACAAGUUGGAAUCUACUGCUGCCCUAUUCCGUCCCAAGCUUGUUAUUGUUGGUGCCAGUGCAUACCCUCGUGAAUGGGAUUACCCACGAUUCAGAGCUAUUGCUGACCAACACGGUGCCUACAUGAUGGCCGAUGUAGCCCACAUCUCUGGUUUGAUUGCCGCCAAGGAAGCAGCAAACCCCUUCGACUAUGCCGACAUUGUCACCACAACCACACACAAGACCCUCCGUGGUCCUCGUGCAGGUCUCAUCUUCUUCCGUCGUGCACCAAAGGGACAAAAGAACUCUGACUUGGAAGAGCGUGUCAACCAAGCCGUCUUCCCUUCAAACCAAGGAGGACCACACAACAACACUAUUGCUGGUAUUGCUGUUGCUCUAAAGCAAGUGGCAUCACCUGCAUUCAAGCAAUAUGCUCAACAAGUACGAGCUAAUGCCAAGGCAUUGGGUGAAUACUUGAAGGAACAGGGUUAUAAGAUUGUGACGGAUGGUACUGAUAACCAUUUGGUGUUGUGGGAUUUGAGACCUCUUGGAUUGACUGGGUCAAAGAUGGAGAAGAUUUGCGAUGUCGUCAACAUUACAUUGAACAAGAAUGCUGUACAUGGUGAUGUAUCUGCAUUACAACCUGGAGGGGUCCGAAUUGGUGCUCCAGCAUUGACAUCUCGAAGCUUCAAGGAAGAAGACUUCCGAAAAGUCGGUGAAUUCCUACACAAGACUGCUGUCGUUGCUCUUCGUAUUCAAUCUACAUCUGGCAAGAUGCUCAAAGACUUUGCUAUUGCCUUGGAAACUGAUGUUGAAGUCAAGGCACUACGAGCGGACGUGGAAAAGUUCGCUCAGUCCUUCCCCAUGCCUGGCUUCGACUCGGCUAGUAUCAAAGCCGUGAAUGGCAUGCACCAUUAA